UUCUAAUGGGCAGGUAAGUGUUCAUCACACUAACUCAGUAGCAUAAGUCAGGACCCUAGCGCAACUACUAAUGUCAUUCCGUGAAGUAUCCGACAUCCAAAUGACGAUUACUGGUGACGUUCCAGAUCCCCGCCGGAAGUGACGUCCAAUGUGCGCCUCCGCUGGAAAUCGGUGAGGCGUUCGACUGCGGGUUUUUCCUCAUGGGGAAGAAGACGCGGGGGGCACCGGGCCGAAGACCCAUUUUGCAGCUUUCCCCUCCCGGACCGCGUACUGGGAGUCGGGAAGGGACCGGAUCUGGAUCGGAAGACGAUGGUGAUGCCCAGAAAAUGGCACCUCCUACAGGCGGAAUCACUGAACUGCAGCCCGCAGUGGUUAAACCCACCGGUGGACUCUGUUUGCUGGGCGCAUACACAGAUAGCGAUGAAGAAGAAACUGACUCUCCUGUAAAAGCCUCAGUAGGAUCUUCUACAAAGGCCAACACAUCUGCAGAUAUUGACAGCACCUUGGCUAAUUUCCUUGCGGAAAUUGAUGCUAUCACUGCUCCACCCCCCCCUGAUGGCGAUGCCUCUGUUACAUCUGCCGUGCCUCCAACACCACCAAGGCCUGAUCCCAAAGAUGCUCAUUCUUUAACCACCGCCACACAUAAUGGAGGAGACCAGAGUUUGGCAGGACAUGCGUGGCAGUUUGAUACUCAGUGCUCUCUGGCUGGAGUUGCAAUUGAGAUGGGCGAUUGGCAGGAAGUAUGGGAUGAAAAUACAGGCUGUCAUUAUUAUUGGAACACUCAGACCAAUGAAGUGACCUGGGAACUGCCCCAGUGUCUCGCCACACAAGUUCAAGGGGUUCAAGGAUACACAAACAGUGCUACUGUUGGGGCCUCUGAGGUUUCCAGCGGGCCCUCUAAGGAGGCGAAAGAAGAAACCGUAGGAAGCAUCAGUUUACCCAUCAUUACUAAGAAAGAAGUAAAGAAGGAGGUGAAUGAGGCAGUUUUGGCCAUUUCCAACAAGGAGGAAGAAAAGGUGGGUGUGGCUGCUGCUCUGUUAGCGCCACUUUUACCUGAUACAGUAAAGGAAGAGGAAGAACGGUGGCGCAGGAAAGUUAUCCUUAAUGAGGAUAUCGGAGAAGCUGCUUCUGAAGAAGAUGAGGAGGACCUGCCCACCUCUUGCACAGACAAAGCAUUAUCCGGACAGAAUGCAGACGAGGCUGCACAGGAAGACAUCUGUAGCACUGUGCAGUCAGGGGAGAGUGAUGAAGAGAUGGAAGAACAGGACACCCUAGAGCUGGAGAUGGUGUUAGAAAGGAAGAAGGCAGAACUGCGAGCGCUGGAGGAGGGAGAUAUGAGUGUAUCUGGGUCAAGUCCAUGCUCGGAUUUCAGUCAAUCAGAGGAAGCUCAAAAAGCAAAACCAAAAAGCAAGUGGAAGGUGUUUGUUCCCACAGCCAGUCCUGAAUCAACAAGCCGCAGUUCCAGCAAAACUGGCCGAGAGUCUCCUGAGACGGAACUUGGUGCAGAGGCUCCAGAGGGCUCUGUGUCUGCAAAGGAGCCGGAGAAUGGAGACUUAAAGGUGAAAGCGCCCCCAAAAGUAAUAGAGGAGGAAAAUGAUGAUUUAAAGUUCCAGAUUGGAGAGCUGGCUAACAGUCUGAUCAGUAAGCUAGAAUUCCUUGGUAUUAACAGGCAGUCUGUGUCUAAUUUCCACGUGCUGCUGUUUCAAACAGAGACACGGAUCUCCGAUUGGAGAGAGGGAGCACUGAGUGGAAACUACCUGAAACGCAAACUGCAAGAUGCAACGGAACAAAUAAAACAGUAUGAAAUUAACGCCACUCCUAAAGGCUGGUCCUGCCACUGGGACAGGGAUCAUAGGCGCUAUUUCUAUGUUAACGAAAUCUCGGGAGAAUCCCAGUGGGAGUUUCCUGAAGUGGAAGAGGAAGAGGGGGGUGCAGCAUCCCAAAGCAAAUCUGAAAGCAUUAAGGUCGAAAGUGCCCCGGCUCUUCCUGUGGAACCAACAGAGAAUUUUUCAGCUUCUGCCUCAACCAAACCAGCGACUGCUCCUCCUGUACCAGUGACUCCAUACUGGGAGCUCGUUCAGCCUCCUCUGCCCUUGGAAGUACCUCUGCCCCCGCCCCCUCCACCACCAGAGUCUCCACCUCCUCUGCCCCCUCCGCCUCCCUCUCCCCCACCCCUGCCUCCCAUGGAGGAUGGUGAGAUCGAAGAGGUAGAAAUGGAAGAAUAUAAUGGCAACGAGCCGCCUGCGCCAGGAACGGAAGAACCCCCCGUGAAAUCAGUGGAAUCAGAGCCACAAAUCUCCAAGGCUAAAAGUGAGUCUGUCAUUUCUGGCAAAGCCACAAAGAGGAAGGCAGUCACCACGGACAUGUUUGCAGAACAAAGCGUAACCAUUGGCAGCUGCCCAGUUCUCUAUACUCAACAGGCCCUGCCUGCAGUAACAACAAUGAACCUUUCAGCCAGUUAUAUGGGGCUGCCGCUUCAGGUCGGUGCCCCUGUGGUCAUGAGCUCGAUGGAUUAUACCAUGCAAAGCAAUGCCCUGGUACCUGCCUUGCCCCAUGUAAUGACCCACGGGCUUAUGUCUGCAACCUCUGUACCGGAGCAACCAGCCCCACCGCUGCCUCCAUCUCAGACGGCCCAGAGCAAGUCUCAACCUUCAGAAAAAACAAAGAAGAUCAAAAAAGAAAAGGUUAAAAAGAGCAAGGUGAAGAUGCCGUCCCUGGUCCAGAAAUGGCAGAGCAUACAGAGGGAACUGGAUGAGGAGGAAAACUCCAGCUCCAGUGAUGACGACCGAGAUGUUGUCAACCAGAAACGCAUUGAAGAAUGGAAAAUCCACCAGUUAACAAGUGGCAUGGCAGAGAAAAACGCAAAUUUUGAGGCGCUACCGGAAGACUGGAGGGACAGACUGAAAAGGCGAAAAAUGGCUCCAAGCACGUGACCCUCCUGUUUUGUACAACUGUAUAUUCCCACAACUGAUACUGUAAUUUCUGCCCCUUUUAUACCAGUGUUAAUGUGUUCCAGGUGGAGUAGCACUUACAUUUGUUGACACGCAAUGGUUCAGCUUUGUCCGUUCAGUCCCAGGAUUUUAUGUGUGCGUUUCUCUGCAGCUGGGAAGCCACUGGGGAAAUCCCACUACAAACAGCUGCUUUUUUGUAGUUGUUGUGAUACCUUCUGAGCAAAGGGUUAAGUUAAUGCAACACAAACGCACUCACUGUUAAUACCGCCUGUAGCAGAUUAUCCAUUGGCAGUUUUUCCACCAGCUGAGAAGCGCCGGCUUCCUACGGAGUGUGACUUCAGCAGGAAAAGCAGGCGCAAUGCUUAGUGCUCCAGCCUACGCCUCCAUGUUUUUCCUACUAAAAUGAAUGUGAGCCGAUUGCAGGCGUUUCUUUACGGGUGGAAAAUCCCCUGUGCGUGACAUUUUUUUUUUAAAAAUCAUAUUUCCCCUUUAGAAGGUUUUUUUUAUAUAUUCUACAAACCCCCCAAAGACCUGGGAGAAUAGUUUAUUCCUAAACAUAUUUUUAUUCAUAAAUCCCCGGUGAUGGGACAGUAGAGCAUUAUUUCUAACUUUCUUUGCUUGCCCGAGCUCCAUUCUGCCCCCAGUCGAGUAAAGGGACCUAUAACUGAGGGUGUUGGCUUCCAUUAUUCAAUAAGCAAAGAUAAAGGGAAACUACCUCAAGUACAGUCUAUUCUCUUUGUAACGAGUACAACUUAAAAACCUGAAUUUAAAAAAAAAAAAAUGUAUGAUUGGUGUUUGCAGUUAUAUUACGCAAUGUAGUUCUUCCCAGGUAAAAUGUUUAGCCCCCAAACCCCUUUCUGGAAUAAAGCUGCCUUGCACAACAAACAAAUCAUUGACUGUGAAACCUAAAAUCCAAUAUGGGAUGCAUUUUCACUCCUCAGAAUGUGCCAGCAUUGGGUAUGUAUCUGCAUCCUGUGCUAGGCCGGGCACUUGGGUGCCACCUGGGGGGGGGGGGGUACUUUCUUGGCUUUAGACCUACAUGUAACUUAUUUUCUUGUUUGUAUCAUUGGAUCGGGCUAAUAAUCCCACCUGAGGUUGUUUGGGCUGAAAUGUUCAGCAAAUGGACUGUCCCUAAAUCUGUGGGUGGAUGUGUACAACUAAUGGCAUUUUCCAUGUUGAAUGAAUAAUGGUUUGAAGCCCCCAUAUCUGAGCCUGAACAGUGAUUUAAAGUGGCUGCUUGUAAGGGAAGAAGGAACUUGUAUUUUUAAAUUGUGUUUUUGCUUUCCUCCUUGUACAUUUUGUAAAUAUGAAUAAACUGCAUUUUUACCUAAA